UGUGAGAGAGAGUUGUGCAUUAGUCUCUUCAACGCAGAGGGAGAGAGAGUGUAUGAGUGCAGUGUGUGUGUGUAUGUGUGUGUGCGAGACAUACCAUCAUCGGUCCCGAUGCUUUCUGUUCCUGCGUCUCUGAUGUCUUCCAAGCGACCAAUCUCUCCAUAUGGGGGGACAGAUGGAGAGGUAGUCAUGGCAACCAGCAGACAGAGACUGGAAGAGGAAGAGAGAGAUGAUGGACAGGCUGUCAUGCACCUCCCCCUGACUCCCUACUGCAGCAAGGUGUCCCCCCGCUCGCCCCGCCCCCUGGACAGCCCCCCCACCCUGCACAGUGCCAUGGACCAGGAUGGCAGUAAGGGUUGGUCUCUGAGCCCCUACCCCCAGCACAACUCCUCUACCUCUCCAGGCAGUAAGCAGCAGGUGGAGGAGGGGGGUUCAGGGGCCGCAGCGCUGGGGACCCCAGAGAGACGUAAGGGCAGCCUGGCUGACGUGGUGGACACACUGAAACAGAGGAAGAUGGAGGAGCUCAUCAAAAACGAACCAGAAGGACGAGGGUGCUCAGCCCCUGAACCUGUCGUCCAAGCCUAAGACAGCAAGCGAGAGCAAGUCACCCACCUCCCCCGCUUCCCCACAGGUCCCCACCAUGAAGCUGGGCCACCAUAGCACCGGGUCCAUGAAACACAGCACAGCCCCCUCCAGCAUCGGAGGACCACCGUCCAGAGUCAGCUCCAUAGACCUGCUGUCAUCCCUGUCCUCCGGGGGUUAUCUGAACGACCACGAGGCUGUGACCAAGGCCUUCGCUGAGGCCAGACAGAUGAAGGAGCAGCUGAAGAGAGAACAGCAGGUGUUGGACGCCAAGGUUGCCGCCGUCAACAACCUCAGCCUGAACAACGGGCGCUCCGACAAGGACAAGGCAGCUCUGGAGAGUCUGAGCCACCAGCUGAAGCAGCAGUCAGAGGACAGAGAGAAGUUCAGCCACGCCAUGAUGGACUUCACCAUGAGUGGAGACUCAGAUGGCAGCCCCAGUGUGUCUGAUUCCAGGAUGUUCCGUGAGGCCCGGGGCCGAGGCAACAGCGAACCGCACAUUAAACGACCCAUGAAUGCUUUCAUGGUCUGGGCAAAGGAUGAGAGGAGGAAGAUUCUCCAGGCUUUCCCUGACAUGCACAACUCCAACAUCAGCAAAAUCCUCGGUUCUCGUUGGAAGUCCAUGACUAACCUGGAGAAGCAGCCGUACUAUGAGGAGCAGGCCCGGCUGAGCAAGCAGCACCUGGAGAAGUACCCGGACUACAAGUACAAACCCCGGCCCAAACGGACCUGUCUGGUGGACGGGAAGAAGCUGAGGAUUGGAGAGUACAAGGCCAUUAUGAGGAACCGUCGGCAGGAGAUGAGACAGUACUUCACUGUGGGGCAACAAGCCCAGCUGCCCUUGUCCUCGGCGGGCGUGGUGUACCCAGGUGCCCUCGCCAUGGCAGGCUUGCCCUCCCCCCAGAUGCCCUCGGAGCACUCCUCACUGUCCAGUAGCCCCGAGCCCGUCGCCCCACCCCUCCAGACCCCCUACCAUCCCAGCCUCAAGGGAGACGAGACCCGAGUCAAACAGGAGGCGUUGCGAUUGGACGACAGCAACGGUGAUGCGUACGACGACUUUGAUUAUGAGGACGAGGAGGGAGAUUAUGGAAGCGAUAACGACAACCACCAAUAAUCUGGAAGCAGAGCCAAUCAGAAUCAGAUACCCAGCUUCUUGCUGCAAACAUCCCCGUCCGUCCACCAAUCCUGAGAGACUAUCCGUCCCUUAUAUCCAAUCACAUUCAAUGUCACAAACCUCGCCCUCCUUUACCACUUAACCAACAAGGACUCUGGGACCUCAGAGCCAAGCCCCUCCCAUUGGAAUCUCGAUACCAGCAACCAACCAAUCAAAUCAAGCACAGGACCUGUCACUCACACUGACUGUUACACAGACUGGAGUCUAGGAGGAGGCGAGUUGAUUGCCGUGACUUCUGCUGAGUACUACACAGUACUACAGCGGACUAACAAAGUACUACGAAGUACUACAGAGUACUAGAGUAUUACUGCUGUGUACGCCAUAGAGGCAAGAUGAGAUACACAUUAUGUCAUGAGUAAGCUACUAUAUGAGGAGAAAACACAGAAAAAACAACCUUUUAGACCAGUUUGACUUCAAAGAGACAUUUUUUUUUUAAACAGCAGGCCUGUCAGUUGAUUAAAGAUACACUUUAAAAUGGCCAACCUGCUUGUUUAUGAAAGAGACACUUUUAAAACAGCUUUUUUUUUUCUUGGUUCUAUGAUAUUCUCACUCAGGUACACGGUGCCAACAAGUGGCUUGUGAAUGUGAUUUGUUGUUUUUGUGCUACAGUUUUAAUAAUAGAUACAAAAUAGACAUUUUUCCCUUUUCAUUGUAAAGCACCUGACGGAAGUCAAAGCAAAACUUUUAUUUAGAAUUAUUCUUCUUUCUUCAACUCUGCGGUGUACUGUCAGCAGAUAUCCUCCCUCUGUGUGUGUGACUCCCCUUAUGAGAGUCAAAAUGGGAAAGUCCAGUCAGGGCCACCGCCAUGUGUUGGACAGUGAGGGCCGGCUCACUUCAGGGGACUGUGGGGGGGACCUCAGUCUCUCAUCAUGGGUCAUCUUGGACAGUACUGUGUAAUGAGACAAUCUCCCGCCAACCCUCUUCUCUCCUUUUACACUCUUGUUCUUUUACCCUUUCUUUGGCUUGCCUUUUUAUUCUGAUCAGGAGGACUUUGUGUCUUUGGAAGGUACAAACAAGGGUUUAUUUUAGAUAUGAAACACCCCCUUGUAUGUGUGUGAGAGUGUGUGUAAGCAAGCUCGCUGUGCGUGUGUGUGUGUUUUGUCUGUGUGAGCUGGUUUAGUCAUCACUAGACACUAGAUCCCAGAACUCUGUCCCUUUCCAAGACAAACAGAAACACUGGAGUUUCCCCUGUGAGCCCCCAGUACUUCAGUAUCCUGGUGUAUAGAGACAGAGAAAGCCCUAUUCCUGGUGUACAGAGACAGAGAAAGCCCUAUGACUCUCUUGUACACUCACACACACACACAUCCCCAAGCCCCAGUUCCCCAAUCGAAACCCCACAGCAACUCUAAUCCGCUGCCAACUGAUCCAGCCAGCACCACAAGCCAACAACUCUUACCCACAACACCAAACCCUCUCGUAAUACUCCCAACUGAUAUCACACAAAAUGGGUGUGUAUUUUGUUAUAGAAGUUUGGUGUGUUCCUGCGGGCUUCUACUGGUAGUUUUGAGUAUUUGCUGUCUGUCCCCGUUCUGUCCCUCUCUCUGAGAGUUCCCCUCUAUGUCCCCCAGUGUCUGACUCUGUCCCCGUCCGUGUCCCUAAAACACGUCAUUCUGCUGUUCUUAUUGGGAGGAGCUGAUCGUCAUAUCAGCACGUCAGUGUUUCCUUUGUAUUUCAAUACUGUAUUUUAUCAUUUUUAUUCAAACUGCCUCCAGUGGAAUAAUAUUAUUAACAAUAAUUAUAAUGAUGGUCAGCGGUUCUUUCAAUUUGAGUAAGUUAUGUACAGUAUAAUUUAUUUUGGCCUCUUAUUGGGUUUAUUACGACCCAUAUGAAACUUCUUCGCUCAAUGAAGCAUUAUUAUAUUUAGCUGGUUUAGAGUAUUUACAUCUAAUGUUGUCCUUUUACUUUAUACUUUAUUUGCAAUUUGCAUAUUCUUUGGUUUCUGUUUUUAUCUGUUCUGUUUGUUUAGUAUUAAUCCUAUAUGGACGCUGGGUGAGGAGGAGGAGCGACACGGACGACAGCCAACGGACGGCUGUCGCUCUUCGCCAAGGAGACUGGACUUUCUAUUCACUAACUCUCUCCCCAUCCGCGUCCCUCAUCUUGACAACGUAACCCGUUUAUGUCCAAACCCACUUCUAAAAGCACUCAGACACUCUGUGUGGUCAGAGAAAAGAAGGUGAUUUUUUUUUUGUUUCUUCGUAAUGGUUCAUGUAUAAUGUGAAGUUUCUUCUACUUUCUUUCUUUUUAUGAAGACAAAAGAAAACGGUUCUAUUAUUCUAUCCUGUUCUGUUUCCUCUGAACAAAGGAGCGAGGCUCUCGUUUACUAGGGUUGCUAUUUCACCUGAGAUGCCGUGGAACAUCGUUGAGGCUGGCGGACACACAGACACAGCAGACUCACAAAUUAUUAGCAGACACAGUUGUGCAAAAUUCGAAUAACACGAUCAGGAUUUUGAUCAAAUUAGGACAUGAUCAGAACACACACACACACACACACACCGCACAUUUGCGAGCCAUAGGAAAAUCAGUGUUUACUUUGCCAAUUCAACAAUGUUCUACAGCAUAACCUGACAUUCAGUAAGUAAUGACCUGUCAUAUCUAUGUGACUCUGGGGACUUUACUUUGUUUUAGCUCCACACAAUGACCUAGCCAUUAGCCAUGUCCACUCACUCUACAGGUGUGCUGCCAGAUAGUGACCCAGCCCAGUCAUGCUUGCUGUAGAUGUUUACUCUUACACAAUCAAUCACAACCAUGCCUAUUGCCAGAUAGUGAGCCUCGCAGUCAAUCAUACUUGGCCAUAUAGACAACCUCACAAUCAGGCCACGGUGAGACCUAAUGCUGGAGAAACGGUGUCCUGUAUUCUGGCUGGAAGCUGUAGGUUAGAUUAGUAGGCUAGACAGUGUGGGGAAAAGGAGGGGUUUACAAGUUCAAUCAUCCCAGCUUGCUAGGUCUGCCACAUACUGCGGUAUUAUACUGUACUUAGGGCCAGGAGUUUUGUGACCUGACCAGGACAAACACUUGGCUCUAGUUAUACUAAUGAAUAGAGUCCAACGUUUUUCAUGAGCAGGUUGACAGGAUGAUAGGCCCUGGUGAUGUUGGGUGAUACAGCGACGAUGGUGACCAUGAUCGCGAUGAAGAUGAUGAUGAUAAUAACAAUGAAGACAAUCAAAUGUCACGAGUGGAGCUCAAAACAAAGUCCGAGUUAGUCCAAAAAAGAAACACGUAUCUGACCAUCUGAACUUGACAAAAUGGAGAAAGAUAAUUAUGUACAUAUAACAUAGAGUUAUAGAUUUAUAUUUUGUUCAUAACACAGUGUAAUAUAAGUUGUAUAUUUCUUUUUCUCUUUUAUUGAUGUUAUUCAUGCUACAAUAAAAGCAGGAGUUGAUGUACUCUUACAAAAAAAAAAGAAGAAAAAUGACAAAUAAACAAAGGAAACAACAAAAAAAGAGAGGCCGUGGGCUCGCCGUGCACCAUCUGUUCUGAGUUCACUUUUUUCAGUAUUAUUGCCCGUCGAGGCUUUAAUAAAAACAGCGAUGUGUUCUGUAAUGCU